AUGCUUUUUAAGCCGAUUUCGGUAACCGGAAAUAUUUGCGACCUCGAAGAGGAUCUCUUGGUCGAGGAUAUCAGGAUCGCGAUCCGGGACAAUCCCCAGCUGCUUGAACCAUGGGGUGCUCGACAAAAGCUCUCUAUCCAAGAGGUAGAAGAGGAUAUUCGGGGAUUGGCAAUUGCGUCUUCCAGCAGACAGAGCCAAGAGUCGAGGACAGUCGAUGCUAAUGCAACUCUUCCUUCAACGAACUCGACUCAAGUUGACGUUCAUAUCCAACAGAAAGCUCAGGUUCUUCCGGAAAGUUAUGGAGAUGAGCAAGAUCGUGCUGGGCAGCAGCAGGAGGCAACAGGAGAUUCUCCAGGAAGCAGUGCUAAAUAA